AUGGGGGCCCCACACUCCAAGCCCACCACCAUAGGGGCCCCACACUCCAACCCCACCACCAUGGGGGCCCAUACCCAACCCCAGCACCAUGGGGGCCUCACACCCAACCCCAGCACCAUGGGGGCCUCAUACUCAACCCCACCACCAUGGGGGGCCCCACACUCCAACCCCACCACCAUGGGGGCCCAUACUCCAACCCCAGCACCAUGGGGGUCUCACACUCAACCCCAGCACCAUGGGGGCCUCAUACUCCAACCCCAGCACCAUGGGGUCUCACACUCCAACCCCAGCACCAUGGGGCCUCAUACUCAACCCCACCACCAUGGGGGCCCCACACUCCAACCCACCACCAUGGGGGGCCCCACACUCCAACCCCACCACCAUAGGGGCCCCACACUCCAACCCCACCACCAUGGGGGCCCAUACUCCAACCCCAGCACCAUGGGGGCCUCACACUCCAACCCCAGCACCAUGGGGGCCUCAUACUCCAACCCCACCACCAUGGGGGCCCAUACUCCAACCCCAGCACCAUGGGGGCCUCACACUCCAACCCCAGCACCAUGGGGGCCUCAUACUCCAACCCCAGGCCCAUACUCCAACCCCAGCACCAUAGGGGCCUCAUACUCCAACCCCAGGCCCAUACUCCAACCCCAGCAUCAUUCGGUGCUCAGUGAUAGGCUGCUGCUGCUGUCGUUCCUGGAGAAGAGCCAGGUGUGUGUAGUCUAUCUGAACAGGAAGAACCAGGGAUCACCUGAUACCAGCCACCGACUGGAGAAACUCUCCCCAUCAGAACUCAAGGCACAGGAGGCCCUACUCCUAUCCCUACUCAUACUUCUACACCCUACUCCUAUCCCUGCUCCUAUCCCUAUCCCUACCCCUACUCAUACAUCUACUCCUACUCAUAUUUCUACACCCUACUCCUAUCUCUACCCCUACUCCUACCUCUACUCCUAUCCCUACCCCUACUCCUACCUCUACUCCUAUCCCUACCCCUACCUCUACUCCUACCCCUACCCCUACUCCUACCUCUACUCCUAUCCCUACCCCUACCCCUACUACUAUCCCUACCCCUACUCCUAUCCCUACCCCUAUCCCUACUCCUACCCUUAUCCCUACCCUUAUCCCUACCCCUAUCCCUAUCACUACCCCUAUCACUACCCCUAUCCCUACCCCUAUCACUACCCCUCUCCCUACCCCUACUCCUAUCCCUACUCCUACCCCUACUCCUAUCCCUCCUCCGUACUCAUACCCAUAUUCCUAUCCCUACACCUAUUCCUACCCCAUCCCUAUCCCUACUCCUUCCCCUACUAUCCCUAUCCCUACCCCUACUCCUUCCCUUACUAUCCCUACCCCUAUUCCUACCCCUACUCCUACCCCUACCCCUACUUCUACCCCUAUCACUAUCCCUACUCCUACCCCUACUCCUAUCCCUACCCCUACCCCUACUCCUACCCCUACUCCUACCCCAUCACUAUCCCUACCCCUACUCCUACCCCUAUCCCUACUCCUAUCCCUACCCCUACCCCUACUCCUACCUCUACUCCUACCCCUAUCACUAUUCCUACCCCUACUCCUACCUCUACUCCUACCCCUAUCACUAUCCCUACCCCUACUCCUAUCCCUACCCUUACUCCUACCUCUACUCCUACCCCUAUCACUAUCCCUACCCCUACUCCUAUCCCUACCCCUACUCCUACCCCUACCCCUACUCCUAUCCCUCUGUGCCGGUUCCUCUUCUCUUCCCUGCUCAAAGUGCAACCAUCUUCCCUGCUCAAAGUACAGCCAUCUUCCCUGCUCAAAGAGAAACCAUCUUCCCUGCUCAAAGUGCAGCCAUCUUCCCUGCUCAAAGUGCAGCCAUCUUCCCUGCUCAAAGUGCAGCCAUCUUCCCUGCUCAAAGUGCAGCCAUCUUCCCUGCUCAAAGAGCAACCAUCUUCCCUGCUCAAAGUGCAGCCAUCUUCCCUGCUCAAAGUGCAGCCAUCUUCCCUGCUCAAAGUGCAUGGAAGGGUUCAUCUGAAGCAUUGGGACUAG